AUGGAGAGGAUGAAUAAUGUGACAGAAUUCAUCCUCCUGGGUCUGACCCAGAAUGUGCAGCUUCAGAAAUUUUCAUUUGCUGUGUUUUUAAUUGUCUACUUGGUCACCAUGGCAGGCAACCUGCUCAUCAUCAUCACCAUCAGUGCUAGCAGGUCUCUGGAGUCACCCAUGUACUUCUUCUUGUCAUAUUUAUCUUUUAUAGAUGGCUGUUUUUCUUCCUGCAGUAUCCCCAAGAUGCUAGCUAACACCCUGUCUGUGAGGAAAACCAUAUCUUUCAGGGGGUGCAUGACCCAAAUCUUUGCUGAGCAUCUUUUAGGUGGAGCUGAGAUCAUCCUGCUCACGGUGAUGUCCUAUGACCGCUAUGUGGCCAUCUCCAAACCCCUGCACUACACAAGCAUCAUGAGCAGAAAGGUGUGUGGCCUCCUCUUGGGAGUGGUCUGGGCUGGAGGCUUUCUCCACUCAAUUAUUCAGAUCCUCUUCACAGUCUGGCUGCCCUUCUGUGGCCCAAAUGUCAUAGACCACUUCAUGUGUGACCUGAUCCCUGUGUUAAAACUCGUCUGCAUGGAUACCCAUAUCUUUGGUCUCUUUGUUGCUGCCAACAGUGGGUUCAUCUGCCUGUUCAACUUCUUCCUUUUGCUGAUUUCUUAUGUGUCCAUCCUGUGUGCUUUGAAAUCUCACAGCUUGGAGGGAAGACGCAAAGCCCUGUCCACCUGUGUCUCUCACAUCACUGUGGUCAUCUUAUUCUUUGUACCCUGUACAUUUGUGUAUCUUCGUCCAGUGACCAUUCUCCCAAUUGACAAAGCUGUGAUUGUGUUUUCUACCAUGAUAACUCCCAUGUUAAACCCCUUGAUCUACACUCUCAGAAAUGCAGAGGUGAAAAAUGCUAUGAAGAGACUAUGGGUAAAAAAGGUGAUUUCAAGUGAGAUGUAA